UUGACCCCGCCGGCUGCGGGGGGCGGCGGGGCGGGGUGUAGGGGAAGGCGGUGGCGCCGCUCGGCAGCCCGCUCUGCUGCCGGCCUGAGCAGCUCCGCCGCCCCGCCCCGCGCCGAGGGCCCGGGGGGGCAGCCCGCGGGGCUCGCUCGGCGGGCGGAAGAUGGCGGCGCUGGGCUCGCCCCUGCGCACCCUGCGCGGGCUGCUGCGGGAGCUCCGCCACGCCGGCAGCCGGGCGGGCCGCCCCUACCGCCAGAUGCCGGCCUACCAGCACGUCCUGGCCGCCUUCCGCGCCCACCGGGUGACCAGCGAGAAGCUGUGCCGGGCCCAGCAGGAGCUGCACUUCCAGGCCGCCACCUACCUCUGCCUGCUGCGCAGCGUCCGGGAGCACGCCGCGCUCCACCGGGAGUACCACGGCAAGGGCGAGCGCUCCCCCGAGGAGGUUGCCGGCCUGGUGGGCUUCAGGCUGCCUCAGCAGCCGGGAGGAAAGGGCUGAGACGGUCCUGCUGCGCACGCUAUUUAUUCUUGAAUAAACACGCCAAAAUGAGCGACA